UAUCAGAUGGGCUCAAAUAAGAGAGCGCUGCUUAACUGCCAUCUAGUGUUGAGAGGAAUUAUUGCAAAUAAAUUAAUGACGAAAAUGGGUAAAAUGUAAACAAAACGUACAUUUCUAUAUUUUGUGACAUCAAGUUUUAAUUUGAAGCUACAUGGGAAAAGUGCAUCAAAAAUGGGUUUUACGUUUUUAGUUUGGACAUCAGAACGCAACAAGGUGGCACAUCUUUGUGUUUCUCAAAACAGUAUUAUGAACAAACUUUAAGAUGUUUUUGUUCAAAUAUUAACUCUUACAUAAUUGGCAUAACGUUUUACCUGUACACUCCCAAAACAAUCCACAUAGCCUAUAGACCUUUUACGUGUUUGCAAACAGAGAUGAAGCAUUUUGUGAGCGGAGCAACUGGUGACAUGGAUCCGGGUUCUGCCGAAGUCUGUUCCCCCUUAUGUUUCCCUUUAGUGAAAUGUUUCUCAUAGCGUUUUCAUCACGUUACGUUUAUUUUUAAAAUAUAUUUAAAGUUUAAAUGGCUUGGCUACUAAGAUGAGAUUUUUUUUUUUUUUCAAAACAUUGUACAGAUAAUAAAAAUGACAAAUUAUAACAAUAACAACAAGAGUAUGAAAAACAAACAAAACAAAACAAUAUAGAACAACUAGGGGGAGGUAUAGGUUAAGUGUGUUAUUCAUAAAUAAUAAUAAAUAGAAUUAUAAGACCUCAAAGAAAGGAAAGGAAUUACAUACAGAACUACUAAGUAAGAUGUGUGCAUGUAUGCGACUUGCAGUGACGUAACUGUGACGUCUACUCGCAAAAGGUCUAUUAGCACGACUGCACCUGUUUACCCCCAUUUAGUUGUUGAAUUCAGUCAGUAAUUUCCCAAAUUGGAUUUUUAUGCGCAGCUUUUAAACUCCGGUUUAUGAGGUUAAAAAGAGAAGAUGCAUUACACCCCUGUCACUUUCUUAGCAUGCUUGAGCCUAUUACCUCUAGUGUAUGGAGGUAAAGUGUUGGUAUUUCCAGCAGAUGGAAGUCACUGGGUGAACAUGAAGUUUCUUAUUGAAGAAUUACACGCAAGGGGCCACAAUGUGACUGUCUUGAGAUCAUCAAAUAGCUGGUAUAUCAAGGAAGAGUCUCCGUUUUACACCUCAAUAACUGUAAAUGACGAAAAUACUUUUUUAGAGUUACUCAACACAUUUACAAGAGAGAUUCUGGUCUUCAGACGACAGAAACAUUUUUUAUGGACUCAUCUCAUGCUGCUUAUAAAGGCUGGAAAGGUUUUUGAAGAGAUGCAUCGGAAUGAGCUUGCUAUGAUGGGAAAUAUAUUUGAAAAUCAAACUUUAAUGGAUUCAAUCCACGAUGCAAAGUAUGACCUUGUUCUGACAGAUCCAUCCUUAGGAAGUGGAGUGUUCCUGGCCCACCGCCUCAGUCUGCCACUUGUAUUAAAUGCACGUUGGACCAUGCAUGGUGAAGCACACUUUGAUAUAGCUCCUUCACCUCUGUCUUAUGUUCCUGUACCAGGAGUGGAGCUUACGGAUAAAAUGACUUUUAGUCAAAGAGUGCUGAAUGUAAUGACAUACAUUAUUCAACAAACUUUUAAAUCCAGGUUGGUCAUCCCACACUACCACUCCUUCUGUAACAAGUACUUCGGUGAAGAAAUUCAUUACACUUCCCUCCUUCAAAAUGCAGAUAUCUGGCUAAUGAGAAAUGAUUUUAUCUUUGAGUUUCCACGACCCACAAUGCCGAAUGUCAUCUAUAUGGCCGGCUUCCAGUGCAAACCUGCAAAGCCACUUCCAGCUGACCUUGAAGAAUUUGUGCAGAGCUCUGAAGAGCAUGGAGUCAUCAUCAUGUCUUUGGGAACUGUUUUUGGUCAGCUUCUGAGUGAAUUAAAUGAUGAAAUUGCUGCAGCUUUUGCCCAGCUUCCCCAAAAAGUUAUCUGGAGGCACACAGGACCACGGCCUGCCACCCUUGGUAAUAAUACUUUGAUUGUGGACUGGUUCCCUCAGAAUGACUUACUUGGACAUCUAAAAACUAAAGUAUUUGUGGCACAUGGAGGCACCAAUGGACUUCAGGAAGCCAUCUACCAUGGGGUGCCUAUUGUGGGUCUUCCUUUAGCUUUUGAUCAACCUGACAAUCUCUCCAGGAUGCAAGCAAAGGGUACAGCAAAAGUUGUAGAUAUUUCAACUGUUGACAGGACCAUAUUUUUAGAUGCAUUAAAGGAGGUCUUGUAUAAUACAUCUUACAGAGAAAACAUGCAGAGACUGUCAAGACUUCACCAUGAUCAGCCAAUGAAACCUCUUGAUCGUGCCGUAUUCUGGAUUGAGUUUGUCAUGAGGAACGGUGGAGCUCCUCAUUUACGAACACAAUCUUUCAGAAUGUCCUGGAUUUCUUACCACUCAAUAGAUGUUAUUUUGACUUUAAUGGUGGCUAUUUUUAUGUUUUUAUUUGUGACUGUUUACAUAAUUAGAUAUUUCUGUCUGAUUUUACUCAAGAAGAAAGUAAAACGUGAGUAAUGUUUGACAUUUCAGUUAACUCUAUUUUCUAAUUUAGAUAACAUGUUAUUUUUAUAAAUUUAAAUUAAAAUACUUUAACUGGAUUUGUAAUUGGUGUAACAGCAUUUUAGUCAAAAGAAUGAGAUUACUGUAAAAGUAAGUAUAAUUAAUAUAUUUAAAGUGUGCUUCAAUUAAAGCUUACAGAUUUGUACAUGUUGUACUCAUUGUCCAUAU